CAAUCGGAGCUUCCUGUCUGUUUCCUGCAGUGGCAGAGUGGAGGUGUUACCGAUAGAGAGCGAGAGACCGACACAGGAAGAUUAAACAACAACGUAACCUCAAACACAAAUUCGCUGUACAAUGAAAUUAACCGCAGUCAUACCCUCUCCCGAAAUCCACUACUUCACGAUACUGCUGUUUACAGGACUGUACACUCCGGUAAGAAGUGAAAUCACUACUCUCGAUGCGGGAAACAUCGACGAUAUCUUAAACAACGCAGGAGUUGCUUUAGUGAAUUUUUAUGCAGACUGGUGCCGCUUCAGUCAGAUGCUACAUCCCAUCUUCGAGGAGGCAUCCAAUGUGGUUCGGGAGGAGUUCCCAGACACCAAGCAGGUGGUGUUUGCCCGUGUGGAUUGUGACCAGCACUCUGACAUCGCCCAGCGCUACCGCAUCAGCAAGUACCCCACCCUGAAGCUCUUCCGCAAUGGCAUGAUGAUGAAGAGGGAGUACCGGGGUCAAAGGUCAGUGUCAGCCAUUGCGGACUUCAUCCGACAACAGAAGGUGGACCCUGUGAAGGAACUGCAGAGCCUGGAGGAGAUCACCGCCAUCGACCGGAGUAAAAGAACCAUUAUUGGGUACUUUGAGAACAAAGACUCUGAGAAUUAUGGCACAUUCCAGAAGGUGGCAAACAUCCUCCGAGACGACUGUGUCUUCUUGGCAGCCUUUGGGGAGGUAUCCAAGCCAGAACGCUUCAGCGGAGACCAUGUGAUCUACAAGCCCAUAGGGGAGAGUGUUCCUGACAUGGUCUACCUGGGCUCGCUCAUGAACUUCGACCUGACCUACGCCUGGGCUCAGGACAAGUGCGUGCCGCUGGUGCGCGAGAUCACCUUCGAGAACGGCGAGGAACUCACUGAGGAGGGAAUCCCGUUCCUCAUCCUCUUCCACAUGAAGGAUGACCAUGAGAGUCUAGAGAAGUUCCAGCAGGAGGUGGCACGGCAGCUGAUCAGCGAGAAAGGCUCCAUUAACUUCCUUCAUGCUGACUGCGACAAGUUCCGACACCCCUUGCUACACAUCCAGAAGACCCCUGCCGACUGCCCCGUCAUAGCCAUAGAUAGCUUCCGCCACAUGUAUGUCUUCCCAGAGUUCAGCGACUUAACGAUUCCCGGUAAGCUCCGCCAGUUUGUGCUGGACCUGCACUCUGGGAAGCUACACAGAGAGUUCCACCACGGUCCAGACCCCACUGACUCCACCCCAGGACAGGAAGAGAACAGAGAAGUGCAGAGCAGCCCCCCUGAGAGCUCCUUCCAGAAACUGGCCCCUAGCGAAACCCGCUACACCCUCCUCAGGCACAGAGAUGAGCUGUAGCGCCCCCUGCUGUUGGACGUACAGAGGGACGGAGGUUGGGGGGGUCAGCGCCACGGUUGGCAAAACCGCCAGUUGUCUUUCAGAAGGAAAAGGGGGUCUCUGACCACACGACGGCACCGGGAAUAACCUAUAUUUUCAUAACUCUUAUGUGUACAAUCUUUAUUUUGGAUAAAGAGGAAGAAAAACAAUGAAACGGCUUCAAGGGAGGGAUGGCGACGAGGACAAAAACAUUUUUACUUUUAUUUUUGGAGCUUGUAAAUAUGUUUGUGCUGAGUGGGUCAGUUUCUAUGCGAUCCUUGUCUAAAUUAAAUGCCAGUUUUUUUUUUUUUUUUUUUUUUUCUUUUUUUAA